UGUUGUCGCUGGUGGUCAUACACUGUGAUCAGUGGGCCCCCGAGGACAGAGUGUCAGCAAUGGGAAAGUUUCUCCUCUAAGUUGGGUACCCUGGGAGGAGGUUGGGGAAGGGUAGGUAUGUGGGGGAAAUGGAUUGUGGGUCCUAAGCAGGGGCUGUUUGUGGUUUCAUCUGUCCCCAUCGUAACAGAGCAGUGUGACUUUUGAAGACGUGGCUGUGAACUUUUCCUGGGAGGAAUGGAGUCUUCUUAAUGAGGCUCAGAGAUGCCUGUAUCGUGACGUGAUGCUGGAGAACUUGACACUUAUAACGUUCCUGGGUUGUUGGCAUGGAGGGGAAGAUGAGGCGGCAUCCUCUAAGCAGAACAGUUGUGUACACGUAUACAAAGACCAGAGAGUUCGCGGUGGGGAACUGCCUCAUGUGCUUGGGGAAUGUGGGAAAUUAUUUAAGACCAAGUCCCAUCUGACUGAACACAGAAGAGUUCACACUGGAGAAAGACAUUAUGAAUGCAGUGAAUGUGGCAAGUUCUUUGCUUGUAUCUCUCAUCUGAUUAAACAUAGCAGAGUUCACACUGGAGAAAGGCCUUAUGAGUGUAGCGAAUGUGGCAAAACGUUUGCUCAAAAGGCCGUUCUCAUGAGGCACAGGAAAGUUCACACUGGAGCAAAGCCUUAUGAAUGCAGUGAAUGUGGAAAAACCUUUGCUGAAAACUUCAGUCUCAUUAAACACAGGAGAAUUCACACUGGAGAAAGGCCUUAUGAGUGCAGUGAAUGUGGGAAAUCUUUUGCUUGUACUUCUAGUCUCAUUAAUCACAGGACACUACAUACUGGAGAAAGGCCUUAUGAGUGCAGUGAAUGUGGCAAAACCUUUGCUCAAAAGGCCCUUCUCAUGAGGCACAGGAAAGUUCACUCUGGAGCAAACCCUUAUGAGUGCAGUGAAUGUGGAAAAACCUUUGCUGGAAACUCCAGUCUUAUUAAACACAGGAGAGUUCACACUGGAGAAAGGCCUUAUGAGUGCAGCGAAUGUGGAAAAACCUUUGCUGAAAGCGCUGUUCUCAUGAGGCACAGGAAAGUUCACACCGGAGCAAAGCCUUAUGAGUGCAGCGAAUGUGGAAAAACAUUUGCUGAAAACUCGAGUCUCUUGAAACACAGGAGAGUUCACACUGGAGAAAGGCCUUAUGAGUGCAGUCAAUGUGGAAAAACCUUUGCUGAAAACUCCCAUCUAAAGACACACAGGAGAGUUCACACUGGAGAAAGGCCUUAUGAGUGCAAUCAAUGUGGAAAAUCAUUUCAUCGAAGCUCUUCACUCUUGCAACAUUGCAGAAUUCACUCUGGAAAAAGGCCUUAUGAGUGUAGUGAAUGUGGGAAAUCUUUUCCUUAUCCUUCUAAUCUCAUUAAUCACAGGAUACUACAUACUGGAGAAAGGCCUUAUGAGUGCCGUGAAUGUGGGAAAUCUUUUGCUUAUCCCUCUAGUCUCAUUAAUCACAGGAGACUACAUAGUGGAGAAAGGCCUUAUGAGUGUAGCGAAUGUGGGAAAUUAUUUCGGCAAAGUUCUGCACUCCAUGUUCAUCGGAGAAUUCACACUAGAGAAAGUCGUUAUGGAUGUACUGAAUGUGGGAAAUCCUUUGCUCAAACUUCUAGUCUUAUUAAACAUGGGAGAGUUCAUACAGGACAAAGGCCUUAUGAGUGCAAUGAAUGUGGCAAAACUUUUACUGAAAACUCCAGUCUCAUUAAUCACAGGAGACUUCACACUGGAGCAAAGACUUAUGAACGCA